CAGCCCUCCCGCCCCAAUGUCGUGCUCUUCGGCGAGCGAGGAGCAGGCAAAAGCUCACUCAUCAACAUGCUUGUCGGCCGGGAUGUAUCAUCUCCAUCCAACCCAGACCUCGCACCGUUCGCGAGUAGGGGGUACGCUGUCGAUGUGGGCGGACGGGAGGUAGUGGUGUGGGACUCGGUGGGGCUGCAGAAGGGGGAACAUCACGAUACGCUGUCCGAGGGUGCUACGAGGAACCUGCAGGGGUUGAUACAAAACAUUCAUAGCGGCCUCAACCUCCUUCUGUUCUGUGUCAAUGCCGCGCGCGUAAGUGAGGCUCUAGGAAUCAAUUACGAUGCAUUUUAUAGCAUUAUCGGAGGCAAGAAGGUGCCUAUAGUGCUCGUUGUGACGGGUCUGGAGGACAAGGAUCCGAUGGAGGGGUGGUGGAAGGAGAACGAAGCUGAGUUUAAGAGGCAUGGGCUGACUUUCGAUGGGCAUGCCUGCAUCACCACUACAAGAGGGAAACCACUCAGGGACGGCCCUGGGCACCGGCACGACGAGCAAUAUGAGCAGUCCAAGCUGGCUGUUAAAGAGCUGAUCAAG